AUGGAUGAGUUUAUGAAUCCGUUCAGUGACAUGUUUGCUUUCACGGGAAACACAGGAGAUGAUACAUCAAACAACACAAAUGAAAACGUUUCAAAUCCGAGUGCGAAGAAAACUCUUUCUGAUGCUUUGAGUGUAGAGAGUGCCUAUGGGACGUACAACAAACCUCCUAAACUGAUGGUAAUAGAAGAAUACAAUAGAUGGGCUAAAAGGUUUGAAGAGUGGCUAAAAGCGUUUGCAUAUCCAAGCUGGAAGAGCAUGAAGAAUGGUUUCAAUAUGGGAAGAUCAGAUUAUGAAAAUAUAGAAGGCACUGAAGAUGUAGAUAGUUUUCUAACUGAACAAAAGUGCAUUGCAUUGCUUCAUCAGUCUGUGAGAGACGACAUAAUAUCGUUGAUUGAGUACACAAAUGCGAAAGAUCUAUGGAAGAAACUAAGAGUGAAAUGUGUGGGUAGUGCUGAGAUAAACACAAUCAAGUCGGAGGAUCUGACGGUUGAUCUGUUAAUUGAAAGAGUAGAGAGUCAUGAGCUGGAGAUCAAGAAAUCAUACAAAGUCAAUCAUUCUUCAUAUCAGGAGAAUGUUGAGCUAUAUUACCGAGGAAGUAUGAUCCCGAAGAAUGUGUCUCCUAAGACAGCUUUCUCAGCUGAAAAUUCUAACACAUCAAAUCAAGAGAGUUCAAGCAGUGGUUUUCAUAGUGGUUCAUUGUCAACAACUCUAAGCCAGUCGGCUUCAAAGAAUUUGUUCCAAUGCAAUAUCGUUGUUGAUCUUAAAAAUGCUCAAAACUUUAGUGAAGAAUCUGCCAAACAACAAAUGGUGUUUUUAGCAUCUGUUUUGGAAUAUUACGAGAGUCUUGUUGUCACGUGCUUCAGAUGUAAACAAAAGGGACAUUUCAAACGUGAAUGUCGAAACGCACCAGCUGAUGAUACUGCAAAUCCAUUUCGUGAAGAUUACUACAAAAGAGCAAAUUAUCAUCAGAACAAAUCUGAACCUCCCAGAAUGAAGCAGCUUGAAGAUGCCUCCAAAGAAAAAUCAAGAGCUCUUGCUGUUAUUCAUGAUGACGAAGGUUUCGACUGGAGUGAACUGCUACCAGAAGAGGAUGUAGUGGGCUAUGCGUUUGUGACAAAAAUUGUUCCUUUCAAAGACAACAGAAUAGAAGAAGAAAAAUUCAUCAACAGAAGGAUGAAAGCCCAAAACAGGAUGAGCAGAAUCUAUCAUACAUUCAAAGAAGCUAAGAAGGCGAAGAGAUGGGAUGCUGAUAGAGAAUGUUACCUUGAUCCCAAAGGAAACAUUGCAGUUGAUCCAGAUUCUAUUAGUGUUGAUGCUCUCAUCCAGCAAAUUGCUGAAGAAGAAGAAGAAGAAGAAGCAAAUCAGAGAUUGUGGUGGGGAGGAGGAGAAGCUGAUGAUAAAGAAAAAGAAAUGGAGGAAGAGCCGCAGUUAAAGAAAGUUGAUGACGGAAUUAUUGACACGUCACAGGAGUUUACUGCUGAAAAUUUGAAGAAGAUGGCUGACAAAGUACUUGCUGCAAAAGAGCUAGAGGUAGUUUCUGGUUCUGGAACUGAGUCUAAAAGCAAGGUCAGUCAGAAUGAUGCAAUCAAUGAGUCAGGUAAGAAAGCUAAAACUGAGAGCGACUGCAAAAAUUGCAUGAAAGACUGCAAGGUUUGUAGUACACUUGCUUACCUCAGUGGUAAAAUGACCGAAGAAUUGACAAAAAGAGUCAGAGACGUUGAAGACCAGAUCUUAAACCGUGAUAAAAUGUUAAAAGCUUCAAAUGAACGAUCAGAAGAAUUAACUGAGAAAAUCGAAAAAGAUAAAAAUGACGUAGAAAGAAUUCAGAAAGAAAACGAAAAGCUAAUUCAUGAAAAUCGUCAACUCUCAGAAAAUUUUGAGAAGCUAAAACGAACGGUUAAAGUUUCUGAUGAAAGAAAUAGUAAAACAACCAAAGAAAAUCUUCAACUAUCAGGACUUCCAAGGGAUGUUCAAAAGAAAGACCAACCAUCUGGUAAACCUCUUAAAGAUGAGUUUUUCUUAUACAAAGAGGUUGAGGUUGGAUCUGAAGAGAGCUUAAAAAUGAAUGACAAAAAUUUUCCACCAUUGUUCACCAAAACAACUCACAUCAAUGUCAAGUUACCCGAGUCAAAAGAGGCUUGGGUGGCAUCAAAAUCUAACUAA